GUGAGAUUGUAAUCUUUCAAAAAGAAACAAAAGCCUCGUAAAUUCCCUCGUAAGCACCGGACUCACUUGUGCUUUCUCAAUCUCUCCGCCGACCGUCUGCGCGUCGCCGAGAGUAAAGAAGGUCCAUACCCUCUCGAACUCUGUAACUCUUCCGCCACCACCGCCGCCGCCUGUUCCUCUCCUUUCAAGAACAAACACCAACCGUGAAAUAAACAUCCCGUCUUUUCUUUUCUUUCCAUGGUCCGAGCCCUGGCAUGGAUUUGAGGAAGCCCCUCUUCCUGGAGCAUUUGCUCUCCUCCAAGCGCCGGGUCGUCUCCGGCUUCGGCGUCGGUGCGGCCGCUUCCCUCCUCGUCAUCUUUCUCCUCCUCUUCCUCAGCGCUCCCCCCAACGCCUCCUCCUCCUCCUCGAUCCUCUCCUGGUUCUUCUCCGUUCCGGAGCAGCAGAAGGCGGUGGGUUCGCCAUCCCAGGAAGAGGGGCUGGAGACGGCCCGCGGCGACGGGAAUUCGUCGAGGACGACGGUGAGGGAGGAGGCUGGAGAGCCGAGCAAUUAUUCGGUGAAUGCCCACGAUCUCUCGGGCAAGAUCGAGUUCCAGGAGGACAAACCGAAACCCUCCGUCGCAAUAAAGGAUGGCGGAAGUGGAACGGCGCCGCCGGAGGAGAACACAACCCACAAGAGGAAUCGUUCUUCUUCUCCGCGUCCGGGCAAUGGCGCCCGCCCCAGCGGAGGCGGCGGGGUUCCGGAAAAAAACCAGUCCGCAACAAGAAAAAACGCGUCCACAGACGGUGAUAACGGAAAGAUUUUCGAGUUAAAUGACAGAGUUGGCGGGCAGGAUCAAGAAAUGAACCGACUUGAUCCAGGAGGAGGAGGGAAUAGUAAGAUCAUAAACCGCAGCAGUGGUGAAGGGAGGGCUAGCGACCGAGUGGAGGAGGAGGAGGCGGCUGCUUCAGCAGGCAAGAAGAAUAACAACAACAACAACAACAACCAUAAUAAUGGCUCCGGUCCCAUCAAGGCACCGGAACUGGGAGGGCUGUCCGGAAAGUGCGAUAUAUUUCACGGAAGAUGGGUGAGGGACGAACACGAGCCAUACUACCCUGCGGGUUCUUGUCCUUACAUUGACGAUGAUUUCAACUGCCAUAAGAACGGAAGGCCCGAUGAUGGCUUCUUGAAAUGGAGAUGGCAACCCUACCACUGCGACAUUCCUAGAUUGAACGCAACGGAUUUUCUUGAAAGACUGAGAGGCAAAAGGAUACUGUUUGUGGGUGACUCGUUGAACCGAAAUAUGUGGGAGUCUUUGGUGUGCAUUCUUCGCCAUAGUGUCAGAUAUAAAAAAAGAGUUUAUGAAGUCUCGGGAAGAAGCCAGUUCAAAACAAGAGGCUAUUACUCCUUCAAAUUCAAGGAUUAUGAAUGCUCUGUUGACUUUGUUAGAUCACCAUUUCUGGUUAGGGAAUUAUAUUAUAAAAAUACUAAUGGAUCUGAGGAUGAGAAGUUAAGAUUGGACAUGUUGGAUGAAACAACCUCAUCAUAUCGUGGAGCUGAUAUAGUAGUUUUCAAUACAGGCCACUGGUGGACUCAUGAAAAAACAUCUAAAGGAAUUGACUACUAUCAAGAAGGUAACCAUGUGUAUCCAGUUCUCAAGGUCAUGGAAGCCUACAAGAAGGCUAUCACCACUUGGGCUAGAUGGGUUGACAAGAACAUCAAUUCCAAGCAAACACAAGUUAUUUUCAGAGGAUAUUCUCUCACGCACUUCAGGGGGGGGCAGUGGAACUCUGGUGGGCAGUGUCACAAGGAAGCCGAGCCAAUCUUCAACCAAUCCUAUCUUGCACAUUACCCUUCAAAGAUGAGAGCUUUGGAGCAAAUUAUAAAGCAGAUGAAAACACCGAUUAUUUACCUCAACAUCAGCAGGCUUACAGAUUAUAGGAAGGACGGCCACCCUUCCAUAUACAGAAAGAAAUAUCAAUCAGUGGAAGAGCAGAUCGCUGCUGAGAAGACUCAGGACUGCAGCCACUGGUGCUUGCCGGGAAUACCCGAUUCAUGGAACGAGCUCCUCUAUGCUUCCUUGCUAAUGGUUGGCAAGGGAUCGUGGAGAAGAUGAUCAGGUGAUUCCACUGUGUCAGCCAGAGAUGGCUUUGCGGGUAUUUAGUAUCUUGGGUCAUGUACGAUCGUGGCAGAAGUUAUGGGUGUAGCUUUUCCAAAAUUCGGUGAAUCAAAAGUAUCUUCCAUCAAAAUUCGAUCGCAAAGAGCAUUUCUAUGCCGUAGCGGACAUCAUAUUUUUGUUGAUAAGCAAUAAUACGUUUGGUGAGGAGGUCGUAGGUUCUAGCCAAUGGAAACAUCUAUUAAUUUUGUUUCACCAUGCAUGAGUUUUAGGCGAAUUGCAUGAGUUUUGUUUCACCAUGCAUGAGUUUUAGGCUUUUUAAAGAGAGCAUAGACGAAUUGCUUUGUAAUAUUUUGCAGAACGAUGCAAGAGAAAUGAUGGGGUGCGUAAGCCGGGCACAUCUUCAGAAACUGUUAAA